CAAUUGGAAAUAGAAACACAUUAUAAUGUGGGAAAGAAAUGAAUGAUCUUGAACAAAUCCUAAGAAACAACAUGUGUCAACUUCCCAUUGAGACGUAUCUACCUAAUUGUAAAAACUGCAAGCUCUCCAACCGCAGAGAAAUCAUCCAAAUUUCUACGCAAGAUCAACUCCUAACUUGAAAGCAUAAGGCUAAUUAAAUACCGUACCAACAACCAAAAAAGGCUUACACGCAAAUCAACGUUCCUAUUCAAGCACGAAAAUGGCUCUUCUAACAUUUCUCUCUUUCAUCUUCUUUUCACUCUUUCUUCAAAAGCCAACUACUGCUCAACGUUGUUCAACUUCAUGCCAAGGCGGAGAACCAGAAGUCAAGUUCCCUUUUGGGCUAAACCCUGAUGGCAACCGAAAUGGUAGUUGCAGCUAUCCAGGUUUUGGUCUUUCCUGCAGCAACAAAACGGGAGCACUAGUCCUUAAUCUCCCAGAAUCCGGAGAAUUCACAGUGAGAUACAUCGAUUACAAGGCCCAACAGAUAUGGAUCAACGACCCUGAUUUCUGUCUUCCUCAACGGUUCUUGCAGUCUUUCGAUAUAUUAGGAACUCCUUUUGACUCGGAAUUGUGGUAUAACUUUACGUUCUUCAAUUGCUCUGCUAGCGAUGUAGCUGUUACUGGGUUAAGGCCAAUUCCAUGCCUUAGCAAUCAGAAUUAUUCUGUUGUGGUUUCCAACACAGGCUCUUCUCUGGAUUCUAUCAAUGGUUUACAGUCUACAUGUCACGCUAUAAGGACAGUUACAGUUCCAUUUGUUUGGUAUGGCUGGUUGGACGGAGUCCGGUUAGAUUGGUACAAACCUGAUUGUAGCUCAUGUGUUACACGUCGAGGGGAUUGUCGAUUCAAGAAUAGAACAAGUCUGGAAAUUGGAUGUUUUGAUCUGCCAAGCAAAGAUGGUCUUCCAAGGAGUGCCAAGUAUGGAAUUAUCAUAGGCAUUGGAAUUCCGGGACUCUUGUGCCUGAUUGGGCUCGUUUCUUUCGUUGGUAGCCGAGUGAGAAAUUAUGGGCGUCGACGCAACCUACCCGUCACUGAAUUCUCCACAUCAAUCUCCCCUUCACCGGCUGUUAUCAUGACAGGACUUGACGGACCAACUAUUGAAUCCUACCCCAAGACUAAGCUUGGUGAAAGCGGCCGUCUUCCCAAGCCAAAUGAUAACACUUGUCCCAUAUGCUUAUCAGAGUACCAACCUAAGGAGACAUUAAGGUCUAUACCAGAGUGUAACCAUUAUUUCCAUGCCAAUUGCAUAGACGAGUGGCUGAAGAGGAAUGCUUCGUGCCCGUUGUGUCGCAAUUCACCUGGCGGAUCUGCUCCUAUUACCCCAUCUAUAUCUUCCUCUUCAUCAUCAUCUUCUCUCUUACCAUCAUAGACAAAUUCUAUUAUAUGUCAUUUAUCUGACCUUGUGUAUAUAUUGUACCUCUUGAGGAUGUAAGUUUUGGGAAGUUCUUGCUGUGUGCUUGAUGGGUUUUAGUUAUUAGUCAGAAAACAAACAUGUUGCCCUUCAAAUUUUUUGUUUUUGAUGGGUUGUUUAAUAGAUGAUUAGUUUUUAUUUAUGUUCAUAUAAAAAAUGGUAUAAAGUCAGAUACUACGGAGAAACAAAACAAAAGAAAAACUAAAGCCUUGGAGGGAAUCAAUGAAACUGUAGGGGGUAAAAAGCCGAACAAGAAAUAAUGCACCAGGGCCUCCACAUUUCUCAUUUCAGAACAUUAAUUACAAAACA